UAAUCUUUUAGAUGAAUGCAGUGAAUCUGGUCAUUCAUGUUUACGAGUUAGAUAUAAGGUUGGUAGGGUGUAUAUUUCUCAACUCAUUUGACUUGUGGUUGUGCAGAUGUAGACAUGCAGGGGUGACUUUCAUCUUUUGACAAGGUGUAUAUUUUGCGUAUGUGAGAGCAUCUUUGGGUGAGUUUGGAAUUUAAGUGAGCCAUGGAGUGCAACAAAGACGAGGCAGUCAGGGCAAUGCAACUUUCAGAGAAAAAGAUUCAAAAUAAGGACUUUAAAGGAGCAAAGGAGAUGGCACUGAAGGCUCAACGACUCUACCCUCAGCUUGACAACAUUUCUCGAUUAAUUACAGUAUGUGAAGUUCACUGUGCAGCAGAAAAGAAGGUAGGGGGAUCAGAAAUGGACUGGUAUGGCAUUCUUCAGGUUCAGCAAUAUGAGGACAGAGAAACCAUCAAAAAACAAUACAAAAAACUUGGGCUGCUACUUCAUCCUGAUAAGACUAGUUUAACUGGGGCGGAGGGUGCUUUUAAGCUGAUCGGGGAAGCAUAUAGGGUGCUGUUUGACCCAGGAAGUCGUUCUAAAUAUGACAUCAAGUAUAGCACUUUACUGGGUACUGGCACCAGAUCAUUUGGUCAUCACUCAAGUAUUAACUUCUUUGGACCCAAAUAUUCCAGUGCUGGAAGUAGCGUUCCUCAGUCACGGUAUACUAGUGUGAAUCUACAACAGCCGGUGAAUGUACAACAACCUGUGCAACCAGACACAAUCAAGAUAGCUUGCCCCUCUUGUAAAAGAAUGUACGAUUACAACUUUGCAAAUCGGCUCAUAUUUUGUCAAAGAUGCCUAGGAAUUUUUGAUGCCUCUGAUUUGGGUACAGAAUCUCUUGGGAAUCAAUUCCCAAAUCACACAGUGGCUCCAAGUCAAGGUUCUUCAAAAGGAGCUUUACAAAGUAAUGGUGGGACUGGAACCCGUUCUUCCAAAACAUUUCAUAAUGGAAAUGCAACGUCAAAGGCGGUAAGUGCUGCUGAAGUUGGUGGAGCCUCUGAGACUGUAAAGAGAGAUAUUGAGAAUGGAGUUGGAAUAGAGAAGCAAGGGGUUGAAAGGUCUGAGUCUAGUCUACGGAAGUCAAAGGAUUCAAGAAAAUCAAGAAAUAUGCACAGAAAAAGAGGAGAGAAUUCGACUCUUGGUUCUGGUGAUAGUUCCAAGACUGGAAAAGGAGCUCAAGCUGAUUCUGAUCUAGAAAAGGUUGGUAAUCCUUCUGAAGUCAGGGAGAACCACACCAGGAGAUCGUCGAGGAAUAUGCAUAAUCCUUCUUUCUUUGAAACUUUAGAUGAUGAUAAUGAUGAUGGUGAUAAUGCUGGCGAUGUCAAUGUGAAUGGUGAUGGAAAUGUGGGUCCUUCGCAAGUGAGGGAAAGCUCUUUGUCCUCUGCUACUAGAAGGAAGAGGGUCAAUGGAUCUGCGGAUGGUGGAGUAUAUAGGCCAACUGUUUUGGCGCUUUUUGCAAUGGAUGAGUAUAAGAAAUUAGGAAAUCAAAGAUUGAGACGCAAAAAGAACUACACUAGUGAAAUUAUGCAAUGGCAGGUAGAAGAAACAUCCGUGGCAGCAGAUGGCAAUGGCAGCAAGUCCAUGGUCGAUAACAAUGGGAGGAAGUCCAUGGCAGAUAUUAAGGGCAGGAAGUCCAUAGCAGAUAACAAUGGCAGGAAGUCCAUGGCAGAUAACAAUGGCAGGAAGUCCAUGGCAGAUAACAACGGCAGCAAGUCCAUGACAUCCAUGCGAAAGAUCAACGAGGUUCCUGAACCUGAGUACCAUACAUUUGCGCUCAGUAAAGCUGAGUUACAGAGAACUAUUAAAGCCCAUCAAACAUGGGUUCUCUAUGAUCCAGCAGAUGGCAUGCCAAGACACUAUGCAUGUAUCAGGAAAGUAUUGAGCCCUGGAUUUAAGGUGAAAAUCACCUGGCUGGAGCCUAAUCCUGAUGACCAAGGUGAGGUUGAUUGGUGUAGCAAAAAGUUGCCAGUUGCAUGUGGUAAGUUUGGACUUGCGCUCACUGAAGAAGUUACGGAUGAUACUGUGUUUUCUCAUGAAUAUAUACACUCCACAAAAGGCAAGGAUAAGAGCUCUAUUCGUAUAUAUCCGAGGAAGGGAGAAACCUGGGCCCUCUACCAAGACUGGGAUUUGGGGUGGAGUUCUGAGCCUGAAAAGCAUUCACAAUACAAGUUUGAUUUCGUAGAACUCCAGUCAGAUUUUUCUGAAAGGAGUGGUGCUGGAGUUUCUUAUUUAGGGAAAGUAAAAGGAUUUGUCAGUUUGUUUGAGCCAGCUGAGCAGCAUGGGGUUCUCAGGUUUCAAGUGUCACCUAAUGAGCUAUAUAGAUUUUCUCAUCAGAUUCCCUCUCACAAGAUGACCGGUCGUGAAGGAUACGGUGUUCCUGCAGAUUCUUUCGAGUUUGAUCCUGCUUCUUUGCCUUCCAGUCUUUUUGAUCGGAGAAGCACUGUCACCAUAGCCAAACCUUCUGGCUUUUUACCUUCUGGAAGAGCUCGCCCUGUUGUGAACCAGGUGAAGAAAGAUACUGAAAGGGGGGAAGACAAGAACGGGAACCUCAACAUUGAACCGAUUGUGAUUCUUAAUUCUAGAUCAGUGAUGGAGAGGAACAAAGGGGAGGCAAUCAGGGCAAUGCAACUUUCAAAAUUGAAGAUUCAAGAGAAUGAUUUUGCUGGAGCAAGGAAAAUGGCACGAGUAGCUCACCGACUCUUCCCUGAGGAUGAGAAAAUUUCUAAAUUACUUGCACUCUCUGAAGUCUACUAUUCAAUUUUUGUGCUCGGUAAAGCUGUGGAACAGCGGCCUUUUAAAGCCGAUCAAACAUGGGUUCUUUAUGAUCCAGCAGAUGGCAUGCCAAGACGCUAUGCAUGUAUCAGGAAAGUAUUAGGCCCUGGAUUUAAAUUGAAAAUCACCUGGCUGGAGCCUGAUCCCGAUGACCAAGGUGAGGUUGAUUGGUGUAGCAAAAAGUUGCCAGUUGCAUGUGGUAAGUUCGGACUUGCGUGCACUGAAGAAAUUACAGAUCAUACUGUGUUUUCUCACGAGUAUAUACACCCCACAAAAAGCAAGGAUAAAAACUCUUUUUGGAUAUAUCCUAGGAAGGGAGAAACCUGGGCCCUCUACCAGGACUGGGAUUUGGGGUGGAGUUCUGAGCCUGAAAAGCAUUCACAAUACAAGUUUGAUUUUGUGGAACUCCUGUCAGAUUUUUCUGAAAGGGGUGGUGCUAGAGUUUCUUAUUUAGGAAAAGUAAUAGGAUUUGUUAGUUUGUUUGAGCCAGCUGAGCAGCAUGGGGUUCUCAGGUUUCAAGUGUCACCUAAUGAGCUGUAUAGAUUUUCUCAUCAGAUUCCCUCUUACAAGAUGAGUGGUCGUGAAGGAUAUGGUGUUCCUAAAGGUUCUUUUAAGUUUGAUCCUGCUUCUUUGCCUGCCAACCGAAGAAGCACCGUCACUGCAGCCAAACUAUCUGGCUUUAUACCUUCUGGUAGAAUUCGCUCCGCUGUGAAACGGGUGAAGAAAAGUAGAGCUUGCCCUGCUGUGAAACAGGUGAAGAAAGAUCCUGAAAGGGGGGAACGCAAGAACGGGAACAUCAACAGUGAACCAAUUUUGAUUGGUUUUGCUCAUGCUCUUACCACGUACCCUUACUUAAUGUUUGAGGUUAUGGAUUACUCGAGCUUCUGUUUUGUAUCAGCAAUGGAGAGGAACAAAGGGGAGGCAAUCAGGGCAAUGCAACUUUCGGAAUUGAAAAUUCAAGAGAAUGAUUUUUCUGGAGCAAGGGAAAUGGCAAGGAUAGCUCACCAGCUCUUCCCUGAGGAUGAGAACAUUUGUAAAUUACUUGCACUCUCUGAAGUCUACUAUUCAAUUUUUGAGUCUGGUCAAAGCCGUGGGACUGGAGAUACUGCUAGAGCUGAUUUUGAACAAUUAGUCGAAAAGGUCAGUAGUCCUUCUGGAACUCUAAAUGAUGACGACGACGAUGACGAAAGUGAUGAUGGCGAUGAUGAUAGUGAUUAUGAUUAUGAUGAUGAUGACGAUGAGGACGAGGACGAGGACGAUGAUUUUGAUGGCAACAAUGAGUAUGAUGAUCAUGAUGAUCAUGAGGAUGAUGGUGAUGAUGAUUUUGUGAUUGCUCCCAAAAGAUUGAGGGAGAGACAAUUGAAGAGUUAUACUGAGAAGAAAGAGAAGAACUCAGUGGAAGGUGGGGUAUCUAAAAGUGCUGUGAGUCAUCCAAAAAGGUUGAGGCAGAGCCAAUUCCUCAGUGUUAUUAACAGAAUGAAUGACACACUUAAGGAUCAUGAUUCUAUCAGUUCCAUGAAAAGCUCUUCUACCCCUCCAUCUUCUUCAGCUGCUCAAUUCUAUGACUUUAAUGCACAGAAGUCUGAGGAGAAGAUUAAGGCUGGUCAAAUAUGGGCAAUGUAUAGUGAUGGGAAUGGAAUGCCUAAGACCUUUGCUCAAGUUAAGAAGGUUAAUGUCAAGCCAAACAGAAGAGUUCAGAGGACUGUGUCUUCGGGGCAAUUUUAUUUGCGAAUGGGAUUGCUUGAAUCUUUCUCGGAGCCCAGAAACAUGGUUCAGCCGGUUUGUUGUGGGAUAUUUAAAGUCAAACGAGCUCCACCUACACUGUUCUCUGUCACCUCAUUAUCUCAUCGUAUCAAACCCAAACUUUUGGGCCACAACAUAUUUGAAAUAAUUCCUAGGAGAGGUGAAGUUUGGGCACUAUACAAGGAGCACAAUCCACUGGUGACCUGUCCUAACAUGGGGCAGGGUGAAUGUCUAGUGGUGGAAGUGCUAGAAGCUGUGCAUCGGAGUACAAAGAUUGUGGUUCUGGAACAGUUUAAUGGAUUUAAGUCAGUAUUCAAGGCUCCAACAGUGCAGAGUACAAAAACUGGUGUCAUUGAUAUACCGCAGGAUGAGUUGGGUAGAUUCUCUCACCAGAUUUCUGCUUUUAAGCAUGCCAAGAUGAGUAACAGUCGACUUGCAGGGUGUUGGGAGCUUGAUCCGUUAUCAGUUUCUGGUUAUGAGAAAAAUGGUGUUCCCAAAUGGCUUUUUGAUUGUGAUCCUGCCUCUGUGCUGAACACUCCUGACUACUCCCGUCACCUUGGUGAUAUGAAAAUGGAUCAAACAAGCAUGAAUUCUGAAACUCAUGGUCUGUCUGGUGAAUUCCUUGACGUUAAAGCUAAACCUGAAAUGGGUUCUCCAAGCAUACAAACAGGUAACAAACAGGAGACACCUUUUGCUGAAAUAGAGACUUCUGAGAAAGUUGAAUCACGGGUUUGUCACUUCUCCUUCUUUGGUAAUGAUUUGGCGGAUUCUGUUAAGCUAGAAGCAAGUCAAUAUGUUAAUGCUGUAGACAAUGGCAUUCAUAUUACAAAAGAUGGCAACCUCACCCACCCAAAGGGAAGUGCUAUUCCACUGUUAGGCUGAUUAUCGUUGAGAGCAUCGACACAUCUAUGAAGACUGAUAUGUAUUAUAUAGAUAACUUUCGAGAACUCCUGUACCUGAGUCUGUAUAUAUUUGGCCGUAGAUAGCGGUAAAUGACAUGAAAAGGUUGGAGUUUAGUUGCCAACCUUGAACUUUUACUGGUGUCCGUGCCUCCGAGUAGCUUUAUCAAGUAAAUUCGUAAUUGUCUUUUCUUUUUUUUA